UUGUGGACCUGCAGUGCUGUAGUAGGUGAGACAGACAGGGAGAAGCAGCAGACACAGACAAACAUACACAGUCAACCUGUAUAUAUACACACACACACUUUCACACACACACCCACAGACAAGCAGGUAGGCAGAGGAGCAGACCUAAUCCUACCACUUAACACACUCAUUCACUCUCACUCGUCACACACUCAGUCGGCAGCAGCAUGUUCCGGUGGAGGCUCGUCCAGGCAGUGUGUGUGCUGUCAGCGUGUGUGUGUCUGGUUCUCACAUACGAGGAUGAUAUUGAGGUCAACUUCGCUGACACCUACUACAAUGAAAUCACAGAUGGAGAGACACCAGAACCCACACCGAGUCAAGCCCCCUGCAGUUCUCGGGACUUGACCAAAUGGGACAAAGUCUUCUCGAUGCUGGAGAACAGUCAGAUGAGGGAGAACAUGUUGCUUCAGUACGCAGACGACAUCGUCAAGGUGGAGAUGGCGUCACUGCGCGGAGAAAUGCUCAGGUUCGUAGCCCAGUACGGCGGCUCCUGUGGGGUUGCAGUGGAGACAGCAGGCAGAAAGAUGGCCGUGCACCUGGAGAGCCGUCUCAGAGACACAAUGGAGCAUCUCAAACCCAGAGAUCAGACUUCUGCUGGGAAUUCUGUCGGGAAUUCGAACCACCUGGAGGCGAUGCUGCAGCAGCUCCUCUCCGCGGCACGAACACAAGCGUCCCGACAUGCCAAGCUGGAGACCAGCUGCUUGGGGACGAAUGCAAAGACAGGAUCCCAGCUCCCAGACGCUGCAGGGAAUGAGCACCGGGAGCAGGAGGUCACGUCGCGAGAGGUGGCUUUGGACGGGGUGCUGACUGCGCUGCAGCAGACGAGGAUGGAACUGGGGGAGGUGCUGAGGUCAUCGAGUCAAAGAUACCUACCCGCAGGUUGUGAGAUGGCGCUGCUCUUCCCCAUGCGUUCCCGUCGAAUCUACACCUCCGUCAUACCAGAGGUCCCGCUCUCCAUCUCCGCCUUCACGGUCUGCAUGUGGGUGAAGCCGACCGCCGUGUCCAACAAAACCGUGCUGUUCUCCUACGGAAACCGCCGCAACCCUUAUGAAAUCCAGCUGCUGCUCGGUCAAACCUCUGCGCUCUUCACCAUCGGAGGAGAGGCUCACCUGGUGGAGGCUCGGGGCGUGCUGAACCCAGGAGGCACGUCAGAGUGGAUCCACCUGUGUGGGGCGUGGUCGUCUGUGCAGGGCCUGGCGUCCCUGUGGGCAGGUGGGAAGAAGGUGGCCUCCACACCCGGGGUGGCCGAGGGACACGUCUUACCCGAUGGAGGCUCACUCCAGCUGGGGCAGGAAAGGAACGGCUGCUGCCCUCUGUCUCCAGGCAGCGGGAGCGGGGUGGCCGGGUUCGAGGGAGGAUUCGAUCCCAAAGUGGCGUUCGUGGGGAAGAUGACAGGAGUGAACAUGUGGGACAGGGUGCUGUCAGAGGGGGAGAUUUCCCAGCUGGCUUUGCGGCAGGGCCAGGGCUGCGAGCAGAGGGGGAACGUGGUGGCGUGGGGAGUGACGGAGAUGGUGCCACACGGAGGCGCUCAGUUCAUCAACUAACAGAGUCAAACUCCUCGAAGGGUGGAAAUCAUCAUCGUUGUGAAUAUCAGCAACAUCGUAAUAAGCUUUGAUGCUGAAACUGAAGAGAGCAACUUACAACGUAUCGUCUUUGUCCUGUAGUUUAAUGUUUCCUGUUAUUAUCAAGACUCAUUCCUUCAUCAUCCACCGCCGUUAUCAUUCAACCUAACGCUGCAAUCAACUUCCCUGGACAUGUUCAGAUGAGAGAAAGCAAAUGCUGUGAGAGACUGACGUUGAACUGAUUAAACACACACACACACACACACACACACACACACACACACACACACACACACACACGUGCUGCAUUUACCAAAGACUUAAUUAGACUGCAGGACAAACAAAGAGUCUAUUGUUAAAGUGAACGGGUUCUGAGCCAGUAAACAGAGUAAUCAGCACGCAGCAGGAGAGGAACACACGAGGUCGCAGACAAUCACCAGAGAUUAUCUUGUAAUUGUCGAGUGAUUUCAGAGUAACGAUGCAUUUUCUCCAUCUCCAUUUGUACGGAAACAUCUCGUGAAGUUAAUCAAAUAUCAACGCUGUUAAUCAUUAAUGUAAUAAAACAUUUUGUUUUCUACUUUGCAGUCUUGUAGGUACACUUCAUUAGGAGUUGGUUGGUCACAAUAAAAGGAACCACACUAAUGUGUUAAUAAUGUGCAGAACAUGUGCGACUGCUGAACUCGCUUUCUUCUACCAGCAAUGUGACGUAUUGUUUCAUUCUCAUAACUUCCUUUGUGAAAGCUUUUAAAGUUUCCAAACGUGUACUCAUGUCAGUGUUUACAUGCAUGAGUUAUAUCAUUCCUGUUCUGCUUUGUUAGUUUUGUAAUUUUAGGGUAAUAUAUGUGUGUGUCUUCUUUUUUUGCAUGAAGCAAUAAGAGUAAAACUGAGGACAAUGUUUACACUAAUCUUUCAUGAACUAAGUUGUCUUGUACUAUACUGUAAAUUGCUUUCUGCUAUUCUUGUGAAAAAGUGAAACUGAAUGUAUUUUGUACAUAAAUAUAUUUUGCAUAACGUGACUGGAUGAAUGGAGAGUGAGGAGUGAAUAAACAUUUCAAGUUAUAAUAUAUUCCGUUGCUGGAGGAGCGAUUAUUAUUUUUAAAUCUUAUCUCACACGCAUGAAUUGAUGACAUAAUAUUGUUGAUUUAAAUCUUGCAAGACAAUGUAAGAGUAUUUGUUUAGCGUCUUCCAAAUAUAGCUGAGAUUGAAAGAUAAGCGUUACAUCAACAUUAUAAAACAGAACGAGCAGGAA